AAUUCCACUGGCAUUCAAUCAAUGCAGUCGUGAAUAAACCCCGAGUGAUCCCCCAUCGAUCGAUCGAGUGUCUCAAUUCUCAGUAAAAAUAAUAAUACACAACAAAAAACCGAAUAAUUAAUCUAAAAAUAAAGUCCAAACAUGGCGCAAAGUGAUGAUAUAAAUUGCUGUGCCAAUUUGAAGAAAGAUGAAAGCUGCUGUCAAGUGGCAAAGCAAAAGCCUGUAAAGACUCAAUCUGCAAAGAUGUUUCCCGACAAGAUCUACAAAUCCGUGCAGGCCAAGGGUGUGGAUGCCACGGGCAUGACCUGCGAGUGUGGAGUGUUUGGUGCCAUCGCCUGCGGGGUUUAUCCAACACAGCUGGAUAUUGCACAGAUGAUCUGCCUGGGACUGGUGGCCCUGCAGCAUCGCGGCCAGGAGUCGGCGGGCAUUGUGACGAGUCAGGGAAAACUGACCAAGAACUUCACCGUACACAAGGGCAUGGGCAUGAUCAAUAAUCUCUUCAACGAUGAGGCGAUCCGUAAGCUGAAGGGAAACCUGGGCAUCGGCCACACCCGCUACUCCACCAGCGCCGCCUCGGAGGUGGUCAACUGUCAGCCCUUUGUGGUGCACACGGCGCACGGCGCCCUGGCCAUUGCCCACAACGGGGAGCUCGUCAACUGCGAGUCCCUGCGCAGGGAGGUCCUUGAGCGGGGCGUUGGCCUGUCCACACACAGCGACAGCGAGCUGAUCGCCCAGUCCCUGUGCUGUGCCCCCGAGGAUGUGUCCGAGCACGAUGGCCCCAAUUGGCCCGCCCGCAUCCGCCACUUCAUGACCCUGGCCCCGCUCUCCUACUCCCUGGUGGUGAUGCACAAGGACAAGAUCUACGCGGUGCGCGAUUCGUAUGGCAAUCGACCGCUGUGUUUGGGCAAGAUCGUGCCCGUGGAUGCGGGACAUGCGAACAUCGAGGAUAAGCUGGCCGAGGGCUGGGUGGUGUCGAGCGAAAGCUGUGGCUUCCUCUCCAUCGGAGCACGCUAUGUGCGCGAGGUGGAGCCCGGCGAGAUCAUCGAGCUCUCGCGGAACGGCUACCGCACUGUGGACAUCGUGGAGCGGCCCGACUACAAGCGCAUGGCCUUCUGCAUCUUCGAGUACGUGUACUUUGCCCGCAGCGAUUCCAUGUUCGAGGGCCAAAUGGUUUACUCCGCCCGCCUGCAGUGCGGCCGCCAGUUGGCUCGGGAAUCACCGGUGGACGCGGAUUUGGUCAGCUCUGUGCCCGAGUCGGGCACGGCGGCGGCCCAUGGCUAUGCCCGAGAGUCGGGUCUGCCCUUUGGCGAGGUGCUCUGUAAGAACCGCUACGUGGGACGCACCUUCAUUCAGCCAUCCAACAGAUUGCGGCAGCUGGGAGUCGCCAAGAAGUUUGGAGCCCUCGCCCAGAAUGUGGAGGGAAAGCGCAUCACGCUCGUGGAUGACUCCAUUGUGAGGGGCAACACCAUUGGACCCAUCAUCAAGCUGCUGCGCGAUGCGGGGGCCACGGAGGUGCACAUCCGCAUCGCCAGUCCCCCGCUGCAGUAUCCCUGCUACAUGGGCAUCAACAUACCCACAAGGGAGGAGCUGAUCGCCAACAAACUGAGCCCCGAUCAGCUGGCGGAUCAUGUAGGCGCCGACAGUCUGGCGUAUCUCAGCGUUGAGGGACUCGUGCGGGCCGUUCAGAUGAACAAGACCCAUGUGAAUCCCAUCAAGGCGGGUUACUGCACGGCCUGUCUCACGGGCGAGUAUCCCGGCGGACUGCCCGAAGAGCUUAGCUGGUAGAUGGACACUCCCCACGUAGCCCUAAUCAUAGUUCUUAGCUCAAGUGUACAUAUUAAUAAAUAUACGUUUAAUUUUGGGUCUUACCCCACCCCACCCGCCACCAAA